CUGCCACUCUCAAGUGUUGAGUCUGGAAUUUUACUCGUAACUCCAAGUUUCUUCUUCCCGUCAAUACAACGUAUCCUUUUGCAAAACCUCGUCUUUCGCUAUGCCCCCCGAUCUUUCUCAGAACAAGGCCGUUAGGCUGGUCAAACAUGCUGCCGACAAUCACUACGCUAUAUGCGCGACUUGUUGUUACAACGUUGAGGGAAUCCUGGCUUCAGUAAGAGCCGCAGAGGCAAAGCGAUCGCCUUUGAUUAUACAACUUUUCCCAUGGGCGGUCCAGUACGCCAAUGGUAUUCUUGUCCAUGCGGCACGCGAAGCCGCCGACAACGCCAGCGUCCCAGUUGCACUGCACAUGGACCACGCGCAAACACCAGAAAUGGUAAAGAGAGCGGCGGACUUCGAGAGAGGGUUCGACGGCAUUAUGGUCGACAUGUCCCACUACGACGACAACCUUGAGAAGACAGCAGAACUUGUCAAGUACUGCAAUGAGCGCGGAAUCAUCACCGAGGCGGAACCUGGGCGAAUUGAUGGUGGAGAGGACGGUGUGGGGGACCUCUCAGAUCUGGGGUUGGAGGCGAUCCUCACCACACCGGAGCAGGCCGAGGAGUUCGUCGCUACAGGGAUAAAUUGGCUGGCUCCCGCUUUCGGCAACGUACACGGUAACUACGGGCCGAAGGGGCCACAACUGGACUACGAGCGCCUGAAGCGCGUACAUAAGAAGGUUGGUGACCGUGUCAGCCUGGUGCUGCAUGGUGCUGGCGCAGAGUGGUUCCAAGAGAAGCUGCUGAGGGAUUGCAUCGACUGCGGUGUCGCGAAAAUGAACAUCAACGAUGCGUUCAACAACGAUUUCACAAAGGUCAUGCAAGGGCAAGCAGGCAAGACACCGAUCACCGGGCUGAUCGAGAAGGCGACCGACGCAAUGCAGAAGAGCAUUGAGCAGUACAUGGACUGGAUGGGCUCGUCAGGAAUGGCAGACAAGAUUCAAUAGAGCUAGAGGAAGGAAUAGAAGGAUCCGUUCAUAUAUACAUUUGUAUCAUCAAGCGAAGGGUAUCAGAAGUUUUCUCUCUGCCAAAAGUCAAGAUCAGUGGAAGCCACUUGACCAAGAAAUGCUUCAUCCAUCCCAAAGCCAUACGAUCCAAU